UCUCUCUUUCGCAAAAUGGCGGCUCCGGCACCCGCUGCGGCCCCGGCGCCCGCCGCCGCUCCCCCGGCUCCCAGCCCGCCGGCGGCUCCAGUUACCCCCCCGCCGCGCCGCCCCCCGGCCGCCGUCGCCCCGCCGGCACCGGCACCGCAGCCCGCCCCGCCGCUGUCCGCCGCGCUCUCGGGCCCCUUCCCCGGCGGCCGCGUGGUGCGGCUGCACCCGGUGGUGCUCGCCUCCAUCGUGGACAGCUUCGAGCGGCGCAACGAGGGCGCGGCGCGGGUCAUCGGCACGCUGCUGGGGACCGUGGACAAGCACUCGGUGGAGGUCACCAACUGCUUCUCCGUGCCGCACAACGAGUCCGAGGAUGAGGUGGCGGUUGAUAUGGAGUUCGCCAAAAACAUGUACGAGCUGCACAAGAAGGUGUCGCCCAGCGAGAUCAUCCUGGGCUGGUAUGCAACAGGUCACGACAUCACAGAACACUCUGUCCUGAUCCACGAGUACUACAGCCGGGAAGCGCACAAUCCAAUCCACCUGACUGUAGACACAAGUCUCCAGAAUUCACGCAUGAGCAUUAAAGCCUAUGUCAGUGCCCCGAUGGGAGUCCCUGGUAAAACUAUGGGCGUGAUGUUCACACCUCUAACAGUGAAGUAUGUUUAUUAUGAUACAGAGCGGAUAGGAGUGGAUCUUAUCAUGAAGACUUGUUUUAGCCCCAAUCGAGUGAUUGGCUUGUCCAGUGACUUACAACAGGUGGGGUCAGCCUCGGCCAGGAUUCAGGAUACCCUGACUAUGGUGCUGCAGUAUGCAGAGGAUGUAUUGUCCGGCAAAGUGGCUGCUGACAACACCGUUGGGCGUUUCCUGAUGGAUCUUAUUAACCAGGUGCCAAAGAUUUCACCAGAGGACUUUGAGACAAUGUUGAACAGCAACAUUAAUGACCUGCUGAUGGUAACCUACUUGGCAAACCUCACACAGUCACAGAUUGCUCUUAAUGAAAAACUUCUGAGUUUAUAAAGAAACUUCUGCCACUCGACCCUUCCUUCAAAAAGCCUCAAGAAUGAGCAGAUCACCACUUCUGUGGUGGUACAAAUUGCCUUGGACCAUAACUUAAUUACCUGGAUGACUUGGUUUACAUCUUUAUUUCUACUUCCCUGAAAAAUCCCUAACACAGUGCAGGUAAUGAACGGGAACUCAUGCAGAUUGGAUGAGCCCACUAUCUUAAAACAGAAUAAGUGAAGUUUUUGUCUUCUGGGUUUAUUUACUUGUAUUACAAAAUACAGCUUUAUUGUAAGAAUUUGAAAUAAACGUUCAAUUUUAUUGGCAAGGACACCUUCUGUCCAGAAAAAAAAUACUUUUUUUUUUUUUUUUGUACAACGAAUCCCCUUUUGUAGGAAAGGGGAUAACAUGGAUAACAUGGUAUCAGGAACGCAAACUAGAGUGGAUGCAAGUCAUUUCAAAUUUUGCAGCUUUCUUUUUGUUUUCCCCAUAACUUUUAAAGCACACAGGGAGGUGUCUUGCAUUGCACAUAAUAUACUUUUCCAGAAGGACUACAGAACAGUCACUGGCUUAUAAAUGGUGCUGUGUAAAUGGCCUUCAUUGAUGGUAUAUGAGACACCACAUUCAGUUUACAUUGUGCUAUUAUUUCUAUGCAUAUUUGAUCCUUUGGGAAAGGAAAUAAAGUAUAAUGGGAAUUACACCCUCAUAAAGUAAGGGUGCAGAGAAUUAAACUAGCAACAAAGUUCAUAGGGCUAGAAAACCCUACAAACCAUUGCUAUUGGCGUUUUCUUGUUUGCAAAAGAAAAGCACAGCAAUAUGCUUCAGUGAAUGUUUGAGGUUAAAAACUGGAUGUAAUCAAAUAGGAAUUCCCUGUUCCGUGACCCUGUACUGCUGGGUCAGAAACUUCCCAUUUUUUUUUCCCCCAAAUCUAUUUCACCUGGAAUUAAUUUUAGCAGAAGGAAAGCCAUUCUGAAUUGUAACUUUUAACAGUUUCAGCUAAUACAUUACCUUUGGUAGUCUGUUCAGCUGUAUUGCAGCGGAUUCACCUAAUACAGUAGAAGUACCCUGCUUCUACAACAUACCUGUUCAUGCUUAUGUUCUAAUGACUAUUUCUGAUGCAUUUGCACACAUCUGUUUUGAUAAAUGAAUUAGAAACAUCAUAGAGAAGCCUGCAAAGCCAGUGUUCACCUCAAAUACCAUUAUAGAAAGUUUACCACAUUAAUCCAAGAGUGAGAAUCCCAUUAAAAAUCUAUCAAUUCUGUUCUAGUUGCUCCUAUCUGGGGAAUUCCCUGAGUGGUUUAGUGCUAAAUUCUAAGUUCUAAUUGCAAGGGCAGGGCGCCUGAAAACUGAAAAUGUAGCAAAGAUUUCACCUCUUUUCAAAGGAGCAUUACAUGUGUUAAAACUUGCCUCAUUUUUACUAGUCUCACUAAAGGUUGGUUUCCCCUUCUAUUCUUUAAACUUAAUAUUCAGUCUUUGUCCACUUACACACAUUUUUCAGGUCACAGUGUUCUUUUGAAAAUAAGCCUUGAAAUUGAUGGAGGAAAAGAAUGAGCAAAGCUGGAUAGGUCUUUCAUAACUAUUGCAAUAAGCAGAGGAAAAAAAGCAUAUUCUUUCCCUGAUCUCUCCCCUUUGUAGUAAACUCUUGUCAUUCUGUGUUAGGAAAAUCAACAUGUAAGAAGAAAGAUUCAGAGUUGAAAGUUUUCAAGUUGAAUAGCUAUUCUAUUUAGUCAGCAGCUGUGUACAAAAUGCAAAGUUCUGAGAAGAAAGAUCAAUUUAUGAUCAUUACCAUUGAAAAGGUAUUGUGGAAUUUGCCACGCUCCUUACAAGUACCUGAAGAUGAACGAUGAUGCGUUACGAGGGAUUGAGGCUGUGUCUUCCUGUGUAGAAUGGUGCACUGCAAAGCAGGGGUGUCAGCCCACAAUCCGUAGGUUGAGCUGUAUGCUAGACAUCACAGCAACAAAUACAUAGAAUUGGAGUAGAAAAACACUUACUAUCUUAAAAAUGCUACAUUUGAUUCCAUCCAUUCUGCUACUGGGUGAGUGGUGUAUUGCGAACCUUGCUUUGACUGCAGAAUUUUCAAAUUUCAGUGGUCACUCUUGUGAAGGACAGUGUCGCAAGCACAUUGUAAUGCAUCAUUUUGCUUGAUUGUAAAGCCUGUGCUGUGUCAUUACAUAGGAGACUGAAGAAAGAGGCAUUGCCUUCUCUGAAGUUUAAAACUCUAGGCAGGAAAUCCUAGAGGUCUUCUAUUGCUCCACUGUAGGGAAUCUCGUAUCUAAAAACCUGAAAUUGCAUAAGUAAUCUGGUGGAAAAAGCUUGGGAGUCAAACAUCAAGGAUUUCAAGCUCUCAUUUGCUAUUAUUUGUAAAUCACCGAGUUCUUGGAUCUAUUAGGGGGAUUUUUUUCCUUUCUGUUUAGGAUGCAUUGCUCUAAAUAGUUUUGACAAAGCUAUUGUUAACUUUUUUUUUUUUUAAUUUUAUUGUUCAUUAUUUGUUAAUUGUCUUUUCAGUGAGCAUGAUGACGUCUGAUAACCUGCAGUUUAAUUAGCAUACAGACAUUACACUUUUUUUCUGACAUCUUCAUAGUAUAAGACUGUGCUUGUUUGCCUCUUUGAGCAAGCAAAUAUAAAAUCCACAAGCAUGUGAAGAUACUCUGUGUUGCUUACCAAAAUCAAUACGUGCUGGACGAACUCUAAUAGAAAUGCCUUAUUAAAACCACAAUAUUUCUUAAAUGAUUACAGUUUCAGCAGUAGAAACAGAAGUUGUAUACCACAAUGGAAAUUGCAGAUGCAUGAUAAUUAGCUUCCUUGUGUGCUCUGUUGUGCUGCAAGGCUUGCAGAUGACAAUUAGAUGAUUCUUCAUAAGAAGUUUGUGGACAGGCAGUAUGCAACAAUCAGGUUUCCUAUGACAUCUGUAAAGUACUUAGGAUUGAUGAUGCACAGAACAAUUGUAGUAAUGAUGACUGUAGGAUUAGACUAAGGUCUAAAGUAAGUCCUUGCGAACUGCAUUGUGCUGGCUAAA